UCGAUCCGCGGACCUGUGUGGCAUUUGAUGUUUGUGUCGGAGUGGUUUAUCGCACGGACACACACUGCUGUUAUGGAUGGUGAAUUCUUAGCAGAAAUGCGAUUUACGGACUCGAUUAACACCCGGCAACAAAUAUAUCGUUCAUUUUAACAGACACUGUAUUUUUCUGACAUGCAGCUACGUUUUCGUAGAGUUUGUCACAGUAGCUUUGAUCGUGUAAGUUAGCGUUAGACUUAUGCCACGAGAAGAUGCUAACGACUUCAACUGGCAAGACCCGUAAUGUUAGCGUCCGUGUGUUUGCUAAAUGAUAGUCAGUGUCUUUAAUUGAUCUGUAAUCGUCUGUGUCCUUCACCACAGCCUGAGAUCUGAAGAUCCACACAGGAUGCCUAACACCAGUGCAAGGCCAAAGCAUAGCAGGAGGACGAGAAGGCGACGCAGAGAAGACCCUGCCAGGAACGAGCUGGUCUCUAGUUCCCUUGAAAGUGCCCAGCAGUGCCUGUUCAACCAAGAUUAUGGACCUGCCUUUGCACACUACCUUUUGGUCCUCCAUCUGGCACCUGUGUUUAAGGAUGUUGCAAAGGACUCCUUCAGGUUCACUCUCUUCAAAUGGGCAGAGGAGUUGGACUCUGUGGGCCGUAUUCAGGACCUGUUUGACUGUUACGAGCAAGCACUAGAGCUUUUCCCUGCUGACGAGGUCAUCCUGAACAGCAUGGGUGAACACCUGUUCAGGAUGGGAUUUCGAGAUGAAGCUGCAGGUCAUUUUCACAAAGCUUUGAAACUGAGACCAGACUUCCCAGAGGCGAGAGAGAACUUCUACCGUGUUGCCAAUUGGCUGGUGGAGCGCUGGCAUUUCCUCAUGCUCAACGACCAUGGCAGGAACCAGAAGUACCAGCAAGCCAUUCAGAAGGCUGUUCAGAGUGGCUGCAACACUGUACUUGACAUAGGUACUGGCACUGGAAUCCUUGGUAUGUGUGCUAAGAAAGCAGGGGCUGCUGAGGUGUACGCCUGUGAGCUGUCGAAGACGAUGUAUGAACUGGCUUGUGAGGUGUUAACUGCUAACGGGAUGGAUGGCUGCAUCAAAAUCCUCCACAUAAAAUCACUGGAGAUGGAAGUGCCAAAGGACAUUCCACAGCGGGUGUCCUUGGUGGUGACCGAGACAGUAGAUGCAGGCUUGUUUGGAGAGGGCAUCAUAGAAAGUCUCAUUCAUGCCUGGCACCACCUCCUGCUGCCUCCACAGACGAGUGAGAAUGAAUUCAGGGAGCAGUCUGCAACAGGACGCGUCAUCCCUGCUGGAGCCACCGUGUUUGCCAUGGCUGUUGAAUCUGCUGAGAUCCGCCGACAUCACAGGCUGUGUGUGUCCGAGGUGGGAGGCUUGUCCAUGGCUGCAGCCGGGGAGCUCCGCAGUCCUGUGAGCUGCAGCAUGGAGCCGGAUGACUCCAUGGAGCCGUACACCACCGAGAGGCUCAGCAGACUGCCUGGAGGAUAUAAAUCUCUCACCGAGCCCUUCACAGCUCUCAACAUAGAUUUCAAUAAUGUGACCGAACUGGAGGGUCUGAGCUCCAGGGAAGUGCAGCGGGUCUACCUGCCCGUCAUUCAGGAGGGGGAGGUGGACGCUCUGGCUGUGUGGUUCCAGCUCCACCUGGAUGAGGAGAGCAGUCUGUCCACUGGACCCCAGGAGGACACCUGCUGGGAGCAAGCCAUCUACCCUGUCCACGGCACCAAGGGUUUUGUCCUGAAACCUCCUGACCAAUUAAUUGUGGAGAUCUCUUGUCGAGACGCCUACCUGAGGCUCUGCAGUGUCGCUGUCCAGAGAGAUGGGCGUGAAAUCCAACUGGACAAGAGUCCCGAACCGAGGGUCUCUGGGAAUCCCAUGUCCGUCCCAAAUCCAGAAGCUGAACUGUGCAGUGCAUUAGCAUGUCUUCAGACUGGCCAGAACCAAACAAAAGACUUCUGCAUGCUGGAGUGCUCCGAAAUGGCGCUUCUGAACAACCAGGAUUACCAUCAGAGAUUCAGCGCUGCGUUUGGAAAACUCAUCUCUCAGCUGAAGCUCAGCUGCCCAAACCAAGAGCAAGGACCAGGCGUUCAGUCGAACCUCGCCGACGAUGCCGACUCGACAAACUCUAGCGACCUAAUGUAUGUGCUUGAUGUGUCGGAGGGCUUCUCUCUGCUCUCCCUCAUCGCGGCCAGCCACGGACACGUGAAAGCCUACAGCUCUGUGGAGAAGCACAAGCAACAGGAUGUGCUGAGGAGACUGGCCAACUCCAGUAACAUCGCCCAAGAGAACCUCGAGUUCUGGCUCAACAACAUGGAGGACGAGCAGGGGAUGCUGCAGAGGCCUUCACGGGAGAAGCUGUGGACCGCCAUCAUCCUGGACUGUGUGGAGACCUGUGGCCUGAUCCGGCAGAAGUUAAUGGAGAAAGCCUCGCUGGCCAGGUGUCUGCUGGAAGACGGAGGACAAAUUUUCCCACAGCGGAUUGUAGUGUAUGGUAUGCUGGUGGAGUCGGACAUGUUGCUGCUGGAGAGCGCCGUGCAAGGUCACGAGCCCACACUAGGAUUCAAUAUCGCUCCCUUCAUCAACCAGUUCACUGUACCAGUCCAUGUGUUUCUGGACUUUUCCACGCUGGAGUGCAGGCAUCUCAGUGAGUCUGUGGAGCUCUUUGUUCUCGAUCUUAUGAAUGUCAACGCAAACUACACUAACAGAGAAGUUAAGGUCCAGGCCACAUCUGCAGGCAGACUUACAGCAGUCCCAUUCUGGUACCAGAUCUACCUGGACCAUGAGAUCAGUGUCAGCACGCUCAGCCAGAACUCUCACUGGAAGCAGGCGGCUGCGGUGCUGCAGCAGCCCCUGGAGGUGCAAGCUGGAGACUGGGUCUGUCUAGCUGUGAAGCUUCACAAGAGCACCAUCUCUAUAUCGGCCCAUGUAGCCGGCAUCGCCGAGUCAAAUGAGUAAUAGCCAGAUGUUCUAGUUUUGCAACUGGUAGGAAAAUUCAAGCUAAAAUACGAUGAUUGAUACAUGCAGUAUUCAUGAAUCAAAUACUACAGAUUCCCUUACUAGUAUCAUGUUGUGCCAAAAAAGGAUUUCCCCUCUACAGUGUUAUCUUUCACAGACGCAAGACCAGUCUUCAAAUGUCCCUUGUUACCCAAACCUGGGGUCUCUGUUUUGGGAUUGCCAAAAGCUUGCAUGACCUGAAGCUGGUAAAUCAGUCACAAAGAUGUUUUUUUAAUAAUGUCAUGUUUUUAUUUGUAAAAAAAAAA